AUGGCCAUCCCUUUAGCUAAGCUUCUGAUCUCCGCUGUGGCGGUUUUCCUCCUCGUCUCCGCUUCGUUCGCGACCUCGGAAAUGCCGUUCAUGGUGGUCCACAAGAAAGCUACUCUCAACAGGCUCAAAUCUGGCGCCGAGCGUGUCCUCGUUUCCUUAGACAUCUACAACCAAGGAUCUGCGACGGCGUAUGAUGUGACUCUGGUUGAUAAUACGUGGGAUAAGAAAACUUUUGAGGUUGUUAAUGGAAACAUUUCAAGAUCAUGGGAGAGACUUGAUGCAGGAGGGAUUUUGUCUCAUUCUUUUGAACUUGAGGCUAAGGUUAAAGGAGUCUACCAUGGUGCUCCUGCUGUUGUUACUUUCCGCAUCCCCACACAGACAGCUCUUCAGCAAGCUUACUCAACUCCACUACUACCUCUAGACAUUCUCGCAGUCAAACCUCCUACUAACCCGCUUGCCCUGAGGAUUUUGGCGAAAUAUGGAUCGCUUGUUUCAGUGAUCUCGAUGGUGGUUUUGUUCAUAUACUUGGUAGCAACACCUUCAAAGUCCAACUUAGCAAAAGCGGGCAGCAAGAAGAAGCGCUAA